AUGGACGUCGUGGAAUAUAGCAUAGGAGUGAAUAAUCGCUUUGGUGCGUUAAAUUUGGACGAAGAAGAUCCAGAGGAAUUCCUGCAAAAGCAGGAGAAGAAAGAGGAGUCUGCGAAGAAAGACAAGGCGAAGAAACAGGAUAAGAAGGCUGUAAAGCAACCCGCUAAAGAUACGAAGUCGGCCACAAACAAGACAGACAUUGUCAACGAGGAGUCCAAGAGGGAAGGUUUGUCGAAAAUUAUUUGUUCUCGUAACAUCGAAUGUACAAGUUGUACUGUGACGCCAUCUCCUUGUCACAUCCACAUGUGAAAGUUUUCGUUGGGGUGUUUUCGACUUCUCUGCCCCCUUUUCUAAUUUUUUCGAGUUUCCAAGGUUUGAUAUGCUUUCUUCUGUAGGUCAUGUUAUAGUCCCGUGGAUUCUGUGUGCGUUAAGUUGUCUGUUAGUUUUGAUGUCCUGUAUAUCCUGUGUCCUGUAUAUCUAACAGUUUGCACACAACGCUCGCAUUAAAAUUGCGAAAUUUACUAUGACCAGGUGAAUGUAAAUUAAAACGCCCAGGUGGAGUUUUUGUUGAUGUUUUCGAGUACACCUUAACAUGGAAGCUCGAAAGGAAAUAUAUUUCGCUGUCUUCGUGGACAUAUAAACAGUUGCAACACGUGUUUAUGGUUGUGUGGAGCGGCGAUGGAUCGUGUACAUUAUAAAUAAAUUAAGGCUAAUUCGGUUUGCUCUCAUUCAGCUGGCUUUUCCGCGCAAGUAAACAGCGAUAAAUGCUCAAUAGCUAUCGUUACCUUGCAGAACGAAGCGAAAGCAGACGAGGUGGCCGUGGAAAAAAUGAUGUCAAGAGAGAAAACGAGAAAAAUACUCGUAUGACCAAUGGUCCCAGCGAAAGACGAGAUCGUGGUGAAAAUGCGCCGAGAGAAAGGCGAGGUGGUGGUUUUGGAGGUGGUUUCCGUAGGAGAGAGGGAUCGCAGGGAGACCCCGAUUCCCCAGACAAGGAAGGAGCUGAAAGGGAAAGAGGUGGAUUUGAAAGAGGAAGAGGUGGUCGAGGAAUGCGAGGUGGUGGAGGACGAGGACGCGGUGGAUUUGGCGGUCCGAGAGGUGGAGGAGGAGGAUUUGGCGACCGUGGUGGAAGGAAGCGAGAAUUUGAGAGAAGAAGUGGAAGUGAUCGAUCGUAAGUGCUCAUUGUGUCUAUUUCACCAUUUACUUUGACAGUAUCCUGUCUGUCGUAAUUUUAAUGUGUAUUCUUGUUAAACCCUUCUCACAGGUUAUUCACAUGCGCUUUUUAAGUCACUUCUGAAUUUAACACUCUUCAUAUUUAAUAUUCUGUUAUUUUUAAACACUAUGGAUAGAGAAUGUUUCUGAUGUGCAAUCAAAGAUGCGAUAUGCAGAAGGAUUAGCAGCUAGAGAGAGAAACUAUUUGAGCUUUGGUUUUUUAAACUGUCAAAUAACAGUAGUAAAUAAUAUUUUUGCUCAUAACAGUGCAUGAGAACAUAAAACAAGCAGUCUGCAACUGUUUUACCGGUCAAAUUUAAUUUUGCCAUUGUUUUUAUGGUUUGCAUUUAGACAUGUCUGCAUUUGUGGUUAUUUGUUGACAAGAUGUUGAUAGAUUUUAAAAUUCGAAUGAGCAUGUUACCUAAGGUGUUGAGUGUUACUUGGAAUUUAAAGCCAUCUUGCCGGAAUUAACAGUGUUAUUAACUGGUUUUGUGUAAAUGGGCUGAGAGUGUUUUGUAGAGACUGUUUAUGAAUCACUGUGCUCUGAUUAAUUUAAAAUGUAAGUUAUGCUAAUCCAAGAGCCUAGAUGUGCCAAGUGUUGGCGUAUUUUAUACUAAAUUUUUACCACAAUUCCAAAGAAUCCAGUGUAACCGCUCGAAUUGUUUGGUAAUCAAACUUUAUUGGUAAACAAACACAAUUGAACCAAAAAAUAUGCAUGAGAGUUUGACUGAGUUAGUUUUCCAAACUCAAUCGAGCAACAGUUCUAAACCAACACUCAAAAUAGAUGAGGGUUUUGAAAAAUCCUUUUAGUGUGUAAGAAUCGGGAAAGCAGCAAGUAAGUCACUGGGAAAUCAGCAAAGAACCAAAAAAGAAUCAUGAAAUGAACAAUAGAUUGACUGUACAAAUGUGGAGGAGUUCUGAACGUGCUGGUGCAUUAUAAUUGACAGUGACGUUACCUACAAGAGGUGCUGCAAAGUUUAAAAUGCUUCAACAAAGCAUAACAUUCACUCUGUGACUGAGUGGGUUGAUUAAAGGAUAAAGUUGUAUGGCAAUAUAGCCGUGUUCUUCCCGCUCCAAAAAAUACACUACACUGAUCUGCUACAACCACUUCGGAAUAUACUCAGUCGUUAGAAAAAGGAAACAUUCAUCAAAACACAUGCAAUUUUCCUGUAUAACGUCCAAUUUUUAAUCGAAUGUAUGCUAACUUCAACCAUUGAACCUAAUUGAACUCAAUCAAAGUUUUAUUGGGUUUGAUUACUAAAACUUUUUUGUGCCCAAUCAUCGAUUAAGUUUGAUUAAUAAAACAUUCGAGUGGUUAUGCCUGGUGAGAAUUCCUGCAGGGAUUUAUUUUGCAUCCAGGUUAGACCUGGAAUAUUUAAGCAGAAUUUCAAAUUCUCUCAGUCAAUUUUUUUAAGGUGAAGGGAUAUGAAUGGCAGUCUGUAGAAACAUUUCUCUCUAAGAUUUUGUGUAUUCUUAUUUUUUCUGUUUUUCUCCUUGUGUUCUAUGAUCAUCUUGAAUAUAAACUUCUCUGGUGAAUAAAUAACUUGAUUCUACUUCUAAGUUUCUUGUGAACAAAUGGAAAGUGAAACGUUAGAUCAGGAGUCACUUCUCCCUUGCACCCCUUCAACAGACCAUUCCACAGUUUAUUUUUUUAUUUUUUUAUUUUUUUCAACUUUUGACAUGAACUAGCUAGCUAAAAUCCCAUUUAUAUGGCUAGAAAUAGUGCGGUCCGUCAGAAGAAUUGCCAAGUGUGAGAGUGAAUUGUGUCGAAAACUGGCAGAGACAUGGUGCUUAAGUCGAGGAAUGUUUGCUGAGACUUUUGUAUACUUGGGGUAAAGGGGGCAGGGGUUUAAUUUUAUGUCCCCCAGCAAGCAUACAAAGGUCUGCAAAAUCUCGCAACUUUUUCUAGCAGAGCUACAUCUUUGCUCCUUUCUGACACUUCUCUCUUGAACUUGGCAAGGUUAAACUUUCCACUUACAUAUUCUUCAAUGUACUUAUGCAAGAGACUGCAAGAGUUCUUUACGUUUUUUUGUUAUUUUAACUGUCAAGAUUGAAGCCAUUGUUUAACUAUCCCUUUCCUCCAUUUGACACAUUUUUGUUUUGUAAAAGAAAUAUGUCCUCUUCUUGUGGUCUAGGGACCCCCGACUGGACAAUAAUUCAAGUCGCGGGGAUAGAAGGUUGGACAAACAUUCUAACUUUGCUCCUAUUUAACUAUAAAGUCAUUCCUAGAAAUUAAAUCAUGAGCUUUGUGUGUGUAUUUUUUCUGCAAGCUGUGUUUUGCUGUGAAGUGUAAAUCAGCCAUCUUUAAAUCUUUGUUAAAUGCAUGUAAAAUUUUUAUUGCAAGCUUUUGCUACUUUUGCUACACUUUCCCACUCAUCAAUUUUGUCAACCAGUUUGCCAUGAGUUACAGUUUAUUUUUUAGUUGGAACCAACAUUUUUAACCAAAUGUUUUAGGACAUAAAAGUAAACAAGCAAACUUAUUUUUAUGCAAUGGAUCACCCUUCUUACAGAUAAAUCUUUAUUCUUAGGACAUCUGAUGCUCGUGAAAAAUGGUGCCAAGUUUUUGUUUCUCUCGUGCUAAUAAUAGUAACAUACAUGUUAAUUGUACCCUCAGAACUUCCUUUUUAAUUAAUGCUAAUUCAUGGCUAACAAACUGCACUCCACAUAGUACUUAAAUUGAAAUACAUAUUUACAAGAAUAUUUUCCACGUUUGCUAUUUAGUUGAUAAAAGCUGGAUGUCCCAUUUAUGUCCCAUCCAUUCAAGACUGAAAUAUGAAGAUUUUUGAAUUACAAUCCGAAGGAAAAUUAAUCCCUGUGAUGUUUGUUGGUGUGGUUGUCUUACUAGUUGCCUACUUUAGUAGAUGGUGAAGCCUUUUAGUUUGUUAGGCAUAAGGUGCAAGCCAAAGCUAUGUAUUUUUCAGUAGCCAUAUUUAUGAUAUCUUCUACUGAGUUACAUCCUCUUAUGUUUCAAGUAAUCAACUUCAUAGUUUCCCAUGUUUUCUGACAGUUCUGUGAAGGCCCAAGAUAAGCGUGAAGGAGGUGGCCAGUACAACUGGGGUAAUCCUACAGAGGGGUAAGUUAUAGUCUACUUUUAUAUUCUUCUUUUAUUUCUUUCAUUAAGUAAUGACCUGGUUAAAGUGGAAAGCAUUUUCUUUUGUUAUGCGUCGAUGUGCUUUCCCCACAUAUACAAAUGUUCUCAUUUUCACACAGAGAAUGCGUAAACUUAAAGAAAUGCCGUUUACGCAAUAAAAAGUUUAAGACCCCAUUUUGAAAGGGUGUUUUUUUGUGUGUUCAAAAAUUUUGACCAAUUGUAGGAUUUUGCAAGCCAAGAAAGUUUACAAUAAUAUUUUACAUGUUCCCAACGUAGGAUUUCUGUGUUAUUCAGACUGAGACGAGAUUUUGUUAUAUGGAAGUUGGUUGGAAAAGGAUCAAUAUAUAUAUACAGCUAUUUCGAGAAAGGUUGUCGGAAAAUUGUGCACGCGACAGUCCCUAAAGGUAAUAUGGGAUAUGUGCAAUACACUGUUCCUGACACUGUAGCUGUCGAACCUACUUUUGUUGCUUGCCUUUAGCAUGCACAGACAAAUGUCCAUGGCCUCUCGUGCCAUUCUUUCAAAUUUCUUUGAAAAACAGUGAACUCAAAACCACCCUCAAUACCUUUCGGGGUUGUCGCAUGCAGUUCAUCCGACAACCUUUCUCAAAAUAGCUGUAUACUGCUGUAUGAAGUUUUGUUAACUUUUGCUGUUUAAGCCAGUCUGAAGUAUAAGACAGACAGUAGUAAAGUUAGCACCAUUUUGCACUCCAAAAUAUUCAAAGCCGUUGUUGCUUUCCUUCUUAUCUGGACCGUUACUUAAUAAUAUGGUUAUUACUAACAUUGUUCGUUUCUGAUUGGAUGAGAGCUGUGCAACAAAAUUGUCCUGAAAUGUAGAAGUUCUUAAAGGUGAUGUUAACAACAUGUACGAUUCUUCUCUGUAUUAUCACCUGAAUCAAAUUAAUCCACAGAAAAUAAAAUUCCUUGGAAGUAUAGGUACCAAGACCUCCUAGGAUUGUUGGUUAAAACCUAAUCAUCAGUCUUCAGUUCAAAUUAAACCUUGUUCAUAGUAAUUUGGAUUCCCAGAUGAUCUCCUAUUCACAAUGCCAUCCAAUAAAUGGUUGUUGUUUUGUGAUUUCAGUGAGGAGGCAGAGGUUUUUCCCCAGCCAGAGGUGGCUGACUGGGCUGAAGCAUCUCCUGAUCCUGAUGCUGUCAAGGAAUCUCAAGAUGAGUAAGUUUUAAUGCUGCUGAUAAUGUUUAUUCAAAUAUGACUGAUGUACUUUGGCCUGGAUACCCUCACAGCUCUCAAGUGCUUGGUUUUGUUUACUAGAGACUGGUGUGAAAUCUCACUAUGCUUUGUUUUCGUGCUUCAAUUUAACGUUUGAUGACAAGUGCAUAGUGUAACAGUAUUCUGUACACAGAAGAAGGGUUGCACACCUGAAACUCUUGCUUCUUUAAAAUAUCAAUUCAAUCUGGAAAGCACAAAUACGGUUGAUUCUCUCUUAAUGGACACUUCUCUAUAAUGCAGACACCUUGGUAGAGCAGACACCUAAAGUCGGUGCCUGUCUUUCUAUACUUUCUUUGUUUGACUGUCUAUAAGACACAAAUCACUCUUAGAUUAGCCUCUCACAUAGGCAUUUUAGGGGAGCUCAUAUUUGGUCCCUCCCCACCAACACCUGCUCAACAGAGAACAACGUUCCUUUCCCUAGCUCAGCCAAUCACAUUAUACCUUCCAAAUUCUGGAAGGUUGACCUUGACAGCAAGGUAACCCGCCAAUUACUCGAUCUGCAUGAAACACUGGGAAUUUUUUACAACCUGUAGUAAAUAUUCCUCUCAAAGCGGCAAAAGUAAGAUUUAGUCAGAUUUUAGAAUACUCUGUGCACUGAAUAACUUUCGUAAAGAAAGAAAAGGAAGAAAAUGGUAACUCUAGGGUCGCGAAUUUACAUAACCACGAGUUUAUGAGUUGUGUUUAGCCUGUCAACACUUUAUUUCAAAACAGUUGAUUGGUCACUUACCAUGCAAAUAAAACAAUGGGAAAGGUAGUUUGUUCUCAGUUGAGCAGGCGUUUGUGGGGAAGGACGAAAUACGAGUUCCCCUAAAAACGUCUGCGUGGGAGGCUACUCUUAGAUGGAUACUAUCCACUUGCCUCUAGAAGAGUGAGUAACAAGAGUGACCCUAAAAGACAGAGUGGACUGUAAUUUCAAAUGAGCUCUUGAGAGCUUGUAAGUGGCUCAGACUGGUUUUGUGUAAACUUGCAUUUCUAUGGAUCAAGGUUAUCCGAAGCUAAGGUCGUACCAGCUUCAUGUAAUCGUUCGUUCUUUGAUUUGAAUUGUUCCAGGUCCCAUGGUGAAGAUAAAGAGAAUGAAGAAGUUAAAGAGGAUGAACAACCCAAAGAAAUGACUCUAGAUGAGUGGAAAAAGCUCCAAGAAAAUGAGCGAGCUAAAAGCACUUUUGAGAUACGCAAAGCUGGUGAGGGGGAAAAGAAAGGCAUGUGGAAAGACACGAAAGUCUUCAAGAGAGAUGAAGAAGAUGAGGAACAGUUUGCCGCCAGAAGAGUGAGUAACAAGUAAUGUUGAGUUUGAAUCAGGCCAUGUCCACACUAUGACAAAAAAAAUAGAGUUUGGUGCGAAAAAUUUGAAUCUUUAUUUUGUUAUGACCAAUUUUUUGUCUUUGCAGCCUUCCUUGCAUCUGAGACACUAAAAAUUUUUUCAUAUAUCUUGAAUGACAAAAAAAUUGUAGACCAAAUUUUCUCAACAGCAUCUUUGAAGUUUGGUGACAGAUGAGAAAAUUUUGUUAGGUGAAAGAAGUCGUUUGCACAACAGAUGGCUUCCUGUUGACAGAUUUUUUGCAAAAUGAACAAUAUUUUGUGUGCAGUGAAAAGGGUGGAAACCGCACCUGCUUAAAAGAAUGAAGACCCAUGGGUGACUAGGAAAUCUGAGGUUUUUUUGUACAAAUCUUAUGCUGGGUACCCUGGAUUUCACAGGUUCAGAGCACAGGGCCACCCUGUGUCCUGUUGGAGGCUACAACUGUUCAAUUUGUCUUAGAGCACAGCCCUGAACUUGAUUUACAUUUUGCUCCUUUUAAGGUCAUCGAGGAAAAAAUCAAGACAUCUGGCCGUGUAAAACAAAUUGUUGAAAUCCCAAUGGAGUUCAGGGGCUCAACUGAUACACGAAGGGGCGGCCGUGGUGGUCGUGGUGGUAGGGGCGACAGAGGAGGCCGAGGUGGCCGUGGAAGAGGUCGCGGUGGAUUUGGUGGUCGUGCAGACAGCGACAAAAGUGGGGAUAAUUUUGCCUUAAAUAAUGAAGAAUUCCCAACUCUUGGGUAACAAGUUGCAAGCUGCAAAGCAUACUGCGUUUAGAAAGACUUGAUGCUGCAUAUAUAUUCAAGGAACCAGGAUAAACAAAUUUACAUGGAUUUUGAGAAAGACAAUUUUUCCAUGAAUUGUUCAACAGUUGCGUGUACUGUACCUCUGUGUUAGCCGAGGAAAAGACCAGGCCAUUUAAAAAUAAUGAACAAGGGUCAAUGAAUAAUCGCACACAAAGAAGGGUGUGUCAUAAGUUAGUAUUUUUCGUCUAACAUGUGUCUUAUUUGUCCACUGCGGUGAAAUGAUUAUUAUGCUAAGUCAGGGAUGGAGUUUAGUAAUUUGACAGAGUUGCGGGUUUUAAAAGUAAGCAGUACAGGAUACGUUUUUUUCAAGUAACAGGUAAUUUUCUUUGUCUAUAAAUCUCUAAUCUUGAAAGGCCAUUAUGAAAAAAAAAAGGAAAUACAGAAAAAUGAUUUGUAUUGAAUGCUGUAAUAUUAACCGUCAAACUCCUCCGAUUGGCUGCCAUGUAUAUCAGUGUUUAUAGGAUAAGAUUGUUUUAACACUUAAUUCGUCAAUAUCCAAAUACAAAUUCUCCAGGUUGAUCUCUGCAUACAUUUCCAUAAAGAAUUGGUUAAGAGAACGUGUUUGUAGAUCAAAGUUCUGCCCAUCAGGUGAUCAUGUCGUUAAUUCUCACAGCGUUUUCUUUUGAUAAAUGUGUUGACACUGUUGGGAGAAAACUUACUUUGGUCACUCUUGGGACUAAAGAGUUAACAUGGAGACGGUAACUUCUCGGUGAUUGUUUUCUUUAUAGUCAUGAUGCCUUUCCCAAAGGCACGAAAACCUGAUAUCUUCACACGUGAAAAAAUCAUGUUAUUUUCACAUGUGAAAAGAUCACUGUUGCUAUGGCUACGUAAUAAAUCGCGCCUUUCCCAGCGCUUACUCGUGAAAUAUUUACACUCGAAGAGAAAUUUGGUAUCUCCGCGCGGUCAUGUAAUAUCCUCUAUCUUUUCACUGCCCACGCCUAUUACUUGUCACUCUCGCUCGUGCAUCUGACAGCAAAAUCCUGAUGUUGAAUACUGCACAAAUGAAACCUUUUGGCAGAAAUUUGCUGAUAGUACUAUUUGAUUGUUUAGACUUUACAAAAGAAAGUUA